AGCAAGCGAAUCGCAAACCGCUCACACCAAAGCAUUUUCAAGUUAAAAGUUUCUGCUUUCGAGUUUGAGUAAUCAAAACAAUGGCGGGUCUCAUGAAGGUGGCAUGCAUGGUGGUGCUGUGUGUAGCCGUGAUGGCCGCACCCAUUGCCGAAGCCGUUACUUGCGGCCAGGUCACCACCAGCCUCGCACCAUGCCUCACUUACCUCCAGAGGGGUGGCGCUCCGGCACCCGCCUGCUGCAAUGGCGUCAGGAGUAUCCUCGGCGCCGCUCAGACCACCGCCGACAAACAGACCGUCUGCAACUGCCUCAAGAGCGCGGCCGGCCAGAUCCCCAAUUUCAAAGACCAGAACGCUCAGUCUCUUCCGGCUCAAUGCAAGGUCAACAUCCCCUACAAGAUCAGCACCUCCACCAACUGUGCCAGCAUCAAGUUCUGAAGAUGAUGAUAGCGUUCAUAAAUAAAGGAGGACCACCUUGAUAGCUGCAGAGAUCCAUCCAUGAGAUGAGAGUCUAUAGUUUUAAGUGUCCCCAUGGUUUUAUGUCUCCAUGCUAAUUAGUUUUUAAUUAAGUGUACUUUGUGUCUGGUGAUUAAUUAUGUGCGUCAGUUUCGGCUGUUUCAUGUAUUAAUCACUGAUUAAUUCCAUCGCACUUUGUUGUUUGUUUUUUUUCUUGUCUUUUCGUUUCUUAAUGAACCUAAUGAUCGUGAUGGGAGGGUGCCUACGUAAUGAAUAUUUUCUUACAUGGCAAAUAUAUGGGCCAGAGAAGAUUACUAUUUCAUGGGAUUAAAGUAAAAUGAUU